ACAGAACUUCCGAUCUUUACGGAGUCUUUACAACAUCCUCCAUUAGCCACACGUCUGAACCAGGAUGUCAGUGCAGUUCUCCGGCUGGGAGGUGUUUGACGAUGGCGCUUCUUUUCCUGGUUUGGAGCUGGACUCGUCCCAGAAACCCCGAAGCAGCGGCGUCUACACCAUGUACCACGGGACCAGCAUCACCAGCGCACGAGUCAUCAUUGCCAACGGUUUUAAACAGUCUUCAAAGGGCAUGCUGGGAAUGGGCGUGUAUGUCAGUCGUAAUAUAAAAAAGGCGACAGCUUAUCCUCUGAGAAGUAAUCCUACGGACCGAGUUGUCCUUCAGGUACAUGUGCGCGUUGGCCGUGUCAAGCGCAUUGACAAGGACAACCAUCCCAUGCAGCAAACAUGGCACUCACAUGGCUACGACACUGCUUGGGUGCCCCCCAAAGUUGGCCUCCGAGCAGUGCGCAGUGGCCUGGAGGAGGACUGUGUGUUUGAUCCCAAAAGAGUGAAAGUGGUAGGCAUCGCAAAGGCACCAAAUGAUUCCAUACAGAAAGAACUUCAAGAGCUUCUGAUACAAUCAUGUGGAGGAGGAGGUGAAGGUGCUGCUGAUGUGUGUUCACUGUGUAAGAGAAAGACCCAGCAGGGCGUUCCACACAUCAAGCAGCAGUGCUGGGAGUGUGGGAAAAACAUCAGCAUUCUCAAGUCCAAGCAUUUCUGUCCAGCCAAACCCUGACGGGGUGAGGGAAGUCAGUCUAUGCCAGAGCCGUCAGAGUGUCCUUUAGCCAGGCGCUGUUGACAUUUCAAACUGAUCCCUACCCCUUCCCACUCUGUGAUAUAGUCAACAUAUUGUGAGCCAUAAUAGGGGCAUGAAUAUGCUUUUUGAGGACCUUCCCUUUCCUGUAGUGUGUUAUAUUGGUUUAUGUGCAUGUAAAUGUUCUGCAAAGGCUAAUAUCUCUGUGUUCCCUGCCUGAAAUGCCUCCAUUGGACUCCUUUGUUUACUUCUGUAACAUCCAAUACAUGUUCCAAUAUUGUACGUGAUGGGUUAAGGGGCGGGACAUCUCUAAGAUCACAGCAGAGCCGGCCAGCUAACAAAUCAGGGCAGACUGGGCUCUGGUUUCAGACAGAGGGUGAACAGAGGUAAUGCAGCACAGGCAGUAUGAGAAAAAUAAAGAGCUUUUUGAACAUUAAAGCAUGGAGACAUGUCACAGUAGAGACACUAAAUAGAAAUAUGAACCUGAAAAUUAGUAUUAUAGAGCGCCUUUAAAUCUUCAUUCGCUGUAAAGGUUGGCCAUAUGACGUAAUGAUUGAUUGAUAAACGUGUUUGCUAAACUCCAAUUUGACUUUUAAAUGAUCCCAGUUGUCCUCAGUGUUAUCCUGCCACCUGCCUGUGCUCUUUAAUGUGUCUUCUAGCGUUUUCUGUUAGUUAUUUCUUGUGUAUGUUUGCUUGUUUCCUGUUUCCUUGCCCCCUUAAGGACCAACACAAUUAUCCUGAUAGACGCAGCGGGUAACGUGACCUUCACAGAGCGCACCAUGCCCACCUGUGACACGAACAAAUGGAGCACCAAUUCUUUCCAGUUCAAACUGGAGAUGUGAAGACGUGAUGGAGGAAACCCACUCUGUGCC